CUAUAAAACCCCGAGGGCACUUCCUCCCCUCCGCCGUGUGCGGGGAGCAGCAGAAAGGGCUCCAGAAGCAGGGACGAUGGCGGCGCUACAGGAGAAGAAGUCGUGCAGCCAGCGGAUGGAGGAAUUCCAGCGCCACUGCUGGAACCCAGACACGGGCCAGAUGCUGGGCCGGACGCUGUCCCGGUGGGUGUGGAUCAGCCUCUACUACGUGGGCUUCUACGUGGUGAUGACGGGACUCUUCGCCCUCUGCAUCUAUGUGCUCAUGAGCACGCUCGACCCGUACACGCCCGACUACCAGGACCAGCUUAAGUCUCCAGGUGUGACCUUGCGGCCAGACGUCUAUGGGGAGAAAGGCCUGGACAUUUCCUACAAUGUCUCCGACAACAGGACCUGGAUGGGCCUGGCACUUGCCCUCCACAACUUCCUGGCAGGCUACUCGCCGGCAUCCCAGGAGGCCAACGUGAACUGCACCUCUGAGAGGUACUUCUUCCAGGAGGGCUUCUGGGCCCCGAACCACACCAAGUUCUCCUGCAAGUUCACGGCGGACAUGCUGCAGCACUGCUCGGGCCUGGCAGAUCCCAGCUUUGGCUUUGCAGAAGGAAAGCCGUGCUUUAUCAUCAAAAUGAACCGGAUCGUCAACUUCCUCCCGAGCAACAGCACAGCCCCCCGGGCGGACUGCGCCUUCCGGGUGAGUGCCCUGGCCCGGGCCUGUCUGUGCCCACUGGCCUUCCUGCGCACAGCUAGGUGUCAGCCCGGACCAGCUCCCAGACAAGCGGCCCCUGCGGGUGGACUACUACCCCCCGACGGGCACCUUCAGUCUGCACUACUUUCCCUACUACGGGAGGAAGGCGCAGCCCCACUACAGCAACCCCCUGGUGGCCGCGAAGCUCCUCAACGUGCCCAGGGACAUGGAGGUCGUCAUCGUGUGCAAGAUUCUAGCAGACCACGUGGCCUUCGACAACCCCCACGACCCCUAUGAGGGCAGAGUGGAGUUCAAGCUCCGGAUUCAGAAGUGAAGGCACCCCGGGGAAGCUCCGAGCCUAGAGCACUUGGGCCUCUUCAGGACCUCGCUGCUGCUGUGGGGACACUCAGACAGCAGCUGUCCGGCCACCAGGGAACGUCUCGCGACUUACCUGUGCUGCAGGCCCGGGAAACACAAGCCGUGGUUAGGGGCUGCCAACAAAUGUUUUGGGUGUUUGCUUUUAAAGCCUGCAGGUCCUAAGCCAAAAAAUAAAACUUCAAAGUCG